AUGCCUGUAGCAACUGGAAUUCCGGUUUCUAAUACAAUCAACAACACUCUUCCUUUUCCUCCACUUACAGAACAACAUAUUUUAAAUUGUGUAUUCUCUUCUUGGUAUAAUACUUUUCGACGUGUCACAUUAAAAUCAAAGAUUAUUAAGCCUUUACCCGAAGAAUUUAUCGAAUAUUUACAUGCAGACGGCAUAUUUCUUCCUGAACAAAAUUUUCUUGAAAGGAAUAUAACAGAAUUCAGUGAUGACGACGAAGAAUAUACCGGAGUUGGAACAGAUUUGAUUGGAGAAGACGAUGACCAACAAUUACCAAGCUUUCCUGACUUAGAACAACAGAUCUGGCAGACGAUCGAGGAAUUUGAUGGUGCUGUUUUUCCAAAACUUAAUUGGAGUUCGCCUAGAGAUGCUGUAUGGAUAUCUGCUACGAACACACUUAAAUGCAACACACCAUCAGACAUAUUUCUUUUACUUAAAUCAUCCGAUUUUGUAGCUCAUGAUCUCGAUCAUGCAUUCGAAGAUUGUAAUUACGAAGAAGAAUCUUUAAGAAGACAACGACCCGAUGUAUUCGAGUUAGUAUUAAGAAAAUGGUAUGAUGUAGCUCCAUCAAUGGAAUUUCGUUGUUUUGUAAGAAAUGAAGAACUAGUUGCUAUAUCACAGCGCGAUGUCAAUUAUUAUCCUUUUUUAGUUGACGUCCAGGAAGAUUUAGAAACGAAAAUUAUACAAUUUUUUAAUACUAAUAUCCGAAACAAGUUUUUUAACAGAGAUUAUGUUUUUGAUGCAUAUGUAACACGUAAUAGAGAACGUGUUUGGUUAAUUGAUUUCAAUCCAUUCGGACCAAUGACCGAUAGCCUUUUAUUCACAUGGGAAGAUAUACUGACGGCUGCAGGUCCACCAAUAUUCCGUAUAAUAACUUCCCAAUCACAGGCUAGUCAGUCACGUAGUCAGCCAUUUGCGACCAACAGAUUUCCGCGAGAAGUUUUUGAUUUUUCGCAAGGUCAAACUGUUGUAGAAUUUGCUGAACGAUUUCAAAGGGAAUUGGAAGAAUUGCUAGACAUGAUGUUACUUGGGGACCCUGUACCCACAGGUAGUCGUGAACACUUUGACAAAAGAUCGCAGACUUACACUAGGCAAUUCGAUGAAGACAAACCGUACGGUUCCGUUUUCCCUAGACACCAGCCUAAAGACAGAGCCACAUUUUACUAG